AUGAAAUACAACCCUGGGUCUGGUUGGAAUGUUGUGAUUGAUGGCAUUGAAAAGCCUGAGCCUCCCUUGUUUAUGAGGAUGUUUAUUUGUUUAAGGCCUUUGAAGGAUGGGUUCUUAAAGGGUUUUAGGCCAAUUAUAGGGGUGGAUGGCUGCCACUUGAAAGGAGCUUAUCCAGGCCAGAUUUUAGUUGCAGUCUCCAAGGAUGGGAACAACAGCAUUUACCCCAUUGCUUGGGCAACUUGUGAGGUUGAAAACAGGGAGACUUGGGUCUGGUUUCUGGAAUCCUUGAUGCAAUGCAUUGGAAGUUCAGAUGGGGCAGGCUUCACCUUCAUGUCAGACAGGCAGAAGGGACUGGUUGAAGCUCUGUCUGAAGUUGUGCCUAAUGUAGAGACUAGGUUCUGUGUUAGGCACAUUUGGGCAAAUUUCAAGUUGAAGUUCACUGGAUCAGUUUUCAAAGAGCUCUUCUGGAGUGCUGCAAGAGCAACAACAUUUGUUGAGUUUCAGAUAGCCAUGCAACAGAUUAGGGAGCUUGAUGAGGAUGCUUACAAUUAUUUGGAGAACAUCCCCACUCAUCACUGGUGCAGACAUGCAUUCAGUGACAGUUGCAGGUCCAACAUGUUACUAAACAACAUGUGUGAGACUUUCAACUCUGUUAUCAGAGAUGCAAGAUACAAACCUAUCCUCACCCAAAUGGAAUGGAUGAGGAGGUACAUGAUGAGGAGAAAUAAUGAGAAGUGGGAGGACUCCAAGGAAAUCACAACCAACAUCACUCCAUAUGUGCAUAAGCUAUUUCAGAGGAUAAGCUAUGUGGCUAGGAAUUGCAUAAUUGAAGCUUUCAGGGAUGACACUUAUGAAGUGCAGCUGAAUGAUGACCAGGUUAAAGCAUAG